CAGGAAUGUCUCACGAUGGUUCUGUUCUCAUGCCCAAUGGGCAAUACUAAACAAACGGGCAGUGCAUCUCUUUCCCGUCAACAUCGCAGGGCGAACAGAUGGAUAAACAAUGCAAUGACCGGCCGAUAACAUCUUCUCGAGGCACCUGCAUACAAUGGAGGCAGAUAUCUUGAAAGCGAAAGAGGAAAUCUUUCGUUGCUCGUCGAGUUGAGUUUAUUGAAAAAUUCAAAGCUUUGCUCAGCACAUUCUUGAUAGAACACAAGAAUUUCCUCGCAGUUUUAGACAUCACAACCCCAGGCCGCAGACCACCGUCAUUCUCACGUCUUUGGCUCUUCCUCACAAUGAAGAAAAACACCAAGUCUACUGCUUCCAAAAAGCAACAGUGGGACUCGGCACUCAUCCUUCCUCGGGUCGAAAAGUGCGCAUCAGACAAGGACGAAGACUAUGCUUCAUCUUCGUACUGGUACAACAGCACCAGUGGCGUGUUCAACCUUCGAGAUAUCGUCGUCGCCAUCCAAAGAGGAGACACUUGCGACAGAAUUCGAUCGCUCUUGAGCCCUCACCAGACGGAAUUCCAGUCGCUGAAGCUCAAGCAUGAGAUCUGCGGGACCGUCGAUGACAUUCCUGCAUUUUUCUUCGUUGUCGAGAGUGGCAGUGCCGAGAUGAUCAGAAUGUGGGCGUCUUACGGUGGAGAGGUCAACACUGAGUACCGAGAAGUUUCGUUGUUGGUCUACGCUAUGGUUCGCUGUUUGUCCCCCACGGCCGAUGGGCCUGUGAUGGUGGCCACCCUUCUGAGUCUUGGAGCAUCUAUCGACUCUGUCCCUCCACCAUUUUAUUUGCCCAUCGACCGAGACCUUCCCGAGGCCGGCCCUUCCGAUGCUGAGUUUGCAGUCUUCAAGCAGGCCAAGACUGGAUGGGUCUUGGGUCCUGUUCGCCGAUUGCUCACGGACGCGUUGAACUCUUGCUUCACUCUGCGAUACGCUCUGCACCGGGCCUCAAUAACCGAGCCGCUCUCUGGCGCCAAUCAAGCUAUCGCAAAGAAGCAUUCGGCCACCGGGCUGUUGGGGGUCCAUUACUUCCUUGUGGGCCAAACCCAGGCGUGCCAGUCGCUGGUGGAGAUCUUCAUGGCCCAACUAGCCUUGGGGGCUGAUCGACCGAUAAUUUUGCUGUUCGCAGGACCUAGCGGCCAUGGGAAGACUGAGCUAGCGCAGAACAUGGGAAAGCUUCUGUCUUUGGAUCUCCAAACAGUUGAUUGCACCAAUUUGCGCACCUCGAUGGAUCUCUUUGGUCCCUUCUUUCCAUUUGCAGGCUAUGACCAGGGCUCAGUUGUCAACAACUUCCUCGACGAGCAUAAAAGCCAGCGGUCCAUUGUGUUUCUCGACGAGUUUGAGAAAACACAGCCGAACGUGCAAGAAGCGCUGCUACUUCCCAUCCAAAGCGGUCUGUACCUCGACCGUCGGAACCAGCAGAUCGUGGAUUGCUCCAAGACCAUCUGGAUCCUCGCAACCAAUGCGUUUGACGACACCAUCCUUUCCUUUUGCAAGACUCACUACCGUGAGUUAUUCACCAACACUGUUGGCCUUGACAAGAGGGCAUCACAUCAGGCGAGAGCGCUCGGGAAGGAGCUGUCGGCCAUGAUCAAGAAAGAAGCUAUCGGGAAGUUUGGCGCACCCUUGACUGGCCGCAUCACAUCGGUGAUACCCUUCCUCACCUUUUCACCUACCGAGCAAGCAGCCGUGGCAUGCAAGGAAAUGGACCGUUUGGGACGGAAGCUGGCCCGCCCAGUCAAGCUGCAGAUUCCCUUCAGCUACUCUGUUUGCAAGGCGCUGGCAUCGCAAGGCUAUGAUGAGCAACUGGGCGCACGCAGCAUCAUCAACACCGUUGACAGCGAGGUGGCGCUGCCAUUGGUCACACACUACCUUGCUGCGCGGGAGGAGAUAUCUGAAGACGAUGAGGGGUCCUGUUUCACGAUCACCGUUGACGCCGAUUUGGGGAUGAUUGAAGUUGUAGAGAAGCAGGACACGCUUCUUGAUGAAGCCGGUCUUAUCUUCAACAAUUUGAGGGGGAGGAUCUGA